ACAGUCCAUCGACGGUUAUCUGUGUCAAAUUAAAAGUCCUUUAAGGGGAAAAAAGCGGCGGAUGAUUUAUCUGUGAUUUUAUCACUGUUUGAUUUAAUUUCUUAAUUUUUAGACGCGAAACAAAAAGAAAACAUGGACUUUGUGAAGAAAGCGCAGUUGUUGCUGUUGUUUCGGGGAUUUCCUGCGUGUUUGUGAGCUGUUUACGUCAGAAAGAAAAGUGCUCUGUCUCCUGUGAAUGUGUAGAUGAUGCAGGUGAGAGGAUGAGUGUUUACAUGAACGUGUCUCACAUUCGUCUCCUUCCUCGUCCCUGCAGCCUGUGAACAUAUGAAUGACAGCUCCUGUGAUUUUACUGGACCCAAAAGGACUCCAUGUCUUUCUUGGACUGUUCCUGCAUCUCCCACACUCAGGUCCAGCACAUGGACUUGGAGGAGCAGUAUGAGGACACCAGUCACCACUUCCUGAGCUGCGACAGUUCUGAGUUCACUCUGCAGGGACCCGAUGGCGGCGAUGACAUCACAGGCUUAUCAGCUGACCCCGCCCACUACCAGCUGCUGUCCGAGCUGGGCAGAGGCUUCAACAACCUGAGUCAGGUGAGUUUGGGUCGUCACCGGCCCACGGGUCAGCUGGUGGCCAUCAAACGCACCAACCUGGACGAGUGCACGGAGGAGGAGCUACUGCAGCUCAUGAACGAGGUUCUGCUCUCCAGACUUUUCCGUCACCAGAACCUGCUGACGUCCCGCCUGGUGUUCAGCUCCUGCUGUCAGCUGUGGGUCCUCACGCCGCUCAUGGCCUACGGUUCUGCUGACACGUUACUUAGGACCUACUUCCCUGAUGGAAUGAGCGAGUCACUGAUCGCGUACCUGCUGAACGGCGUCCUGCACGCGCUGGAAUACCUGCAUCGUAUGGGCUACGUUCACCGUGGGGUGAAGGCCAGUCACAUCCUGCUGUCAGCAGAGGGGCGUGUCUACCUCUCGGGCCUCCACAGUGUUUACAGUAUGAUGCGUGAGGGGAAGAGGAUGAGGGCGGUGUUUGACAUGCCUCACCACAGCCCCGCCCUCCUGCCGUGGCUCAGCCCCGAACUCCUGCGACAGGACCUGCAUGGUUACGGAGUACAGUCAGACAUCUACAGUUUAGGAAUCGUGGCGUGUGAACUGGUCAGUGGCAGAGUUCCCUUCCAGGACAUGCCGCCCACUCAGAUGCUGCUGCAGAAGCUGCGCGGCUCUCACUGCUGCCUCCUCGACGUCGCCCCCUUCCCGCUCGGCGAGCUGGGCGGUCUGAAGGUGUCGCGCUCUGGCGUGGACUCCGGCAUCGGGGAGAGCGUGGCCACGGGGAGUCUGACGCACAGCGCCACGGCUCCGCCCACCGACCGACCUCAGAGCCCCGCCCCCAAGAACCACUCGGCCACGCUGCACAACCUGGUGCAGCAGUGUCUGCAGCAGCAGCCCGAGCACAGACCGUCAGCGUCUGCUCUGCUAAGCCACGCCUUUUUCAAACAGGUGAAUCGACACACCAGAGACUCCUUCCUCAGCCUCAUGUACCCGGCCGUGCCACUGUCCAGCCCUGACAACCCUCCAGUGUCCUGCCCGCCUGCCGCUUCCUGCCACGCCCCCACGUCACCCGCCAUUCAUGCGGUUAACACCAGUAACUCCUCCCCUUGCUCCUCCUCCUCCACCACCACCACCUGUGACGCUGCUGAGUGUGUGUGGGAUUUCUCCUAACGUCGUCUCCUCCAAACCAAACACAAGACAAUCAAAAACAAAGCAAUGAGGCCACACAUACUGUGCUACCUUUAUUUUUAUAUUAUUAUUAUUACUUUUAACCAAACUCUCUGAGCCUUUUUUUUUUUAAACAUGUUUGAUAUAAUUGUUUUUUUCUGAGGCGACUGUGAUGAAAGAAGCUGCUCUAAUGAUCCAAAUAAUAAUAAAAAUAACUGUAAUAAUAAUAAUAAUUGUUCAGGACCCGGUAACUCACACAAAAACAGACUUUAACCACUUCACAAAAGACUCACUUUAUAAAAUCAACGUCAGAUAUCUUCAAGAAUACGUUCAUGUCUUUAUCUCACUGUGAGACAGACUUUUACAACAGGAAGCUGAAGUUUGUAAACCACUCACUCUCCCACACCAAAGCCAGAAAAUCAGUGAUUUUAGCUCAUGAGGACACAGGAGGUGCUGGUCUACUGCUGCCUCGUGUGGUCACUUUGUGUCACUGACGUUAACGAAGGUUUUCAAAUGCCAAAGUCAUAAAAUAAGACAUUUGAACUGAUUGAUGGAGGCAGCAGUGGAUCAACAACUCCUGUGCGCUGUGAUGUUAAAAUCACUGGUUUUCUGACAAGUCGCCAAACUUCACUUAAUCCCUUCACAAAAUCAUUUAUCAAAUGAAAUAACCGUCAGCUUGAAUCUACAAUGUUUUAAGAACAUGUUGAUGUCUUUAUCUCACUGUGAGACAGACUUUACAACAGGAAACUGCAGUUUGUA